UCAAGUGUGUGGUCGAUUACUCCAACUCUCCCGUCACGUCGUUCAGGUGGACACACAGUGGACGUUCCUAUAGCGGACAAACCUUCAAUAAAACAAUAACAUCCAAAUCUGACUCGGGCACGUUGACAUGCAGUGUCCAGAAUGUGAGGUUCUCCACUCGAAUCAACGUGUGGUACCCUCCGGAAGUACAUCUGGAACCGAGCAAUGACACCAUCAAUGUUGCUGUUGGUGAAGACCUCCGGGUGCAGUGUUUCGUGGAUGAUGCCAACCCUAGUGUCCAGACAUUCAAGUGGUCACACAACGGACGAACGAGUACUGGGUCGACCUUCCUCAAACGUGACGUAACCAAGUCUGAUCAAGGACAACUGACCUGUACUGCUGACAAUGGACACAUGAUGACGCCUGGACGGGCAGAUGCAACUGUUCGGAUCAGAUCAACGUUGAGAAUACACCUGGAGCCACAAGGAAGUGUCACCAACGCCCUUCUUGGGCAAGUACUCAGUGUUGUAUGUGUGAUUGAUGUCUCCAACACUCCGGUCACUUCGUUCAGGUGGACACACAGUGGACGUUCCUACAUUGGACAAACAUUCAGUAAAACAAUAACAUCCAAGUCUGACUCGGGCACAUUGACAUGCAGUGUCCAGAGUGCGAGGGCCUUCACUCGAAUCAACGUGUGGUACCCUCCAGAGGUACAUCUGGAACCGAGAAGUGACACCAUUGAUGUUGCUGUUGGUGAAGACCUCCGUGUGCAGUGUGUCGCGGAUGAUGCCAACCCCAGUGUCCACACAUUCAAGUGGUCACACAACGGACGAACAAGUGCUGGGUCGACCUUCCUAAAGCGUGACGUAACCAAGUCUGACCAAGGGCAACUGACCUGUACUGCUUACAAUGGGCACAUGAUGACGCCUGGACGGGCAGAUGCAACUGUUAAUGUGAUAUAUCCACCGGAGAUCCACCUGUCAACAAGGCAAGAUGUCAUCAGUGUCAUGGCUGGGCAUGUCGUUGAAGUUGAAUGUGUCGUUGACGAUGCAAACCCUACCGUCACCUCCUACAUGUGGCAUCACAGCGGCAAUAUCAGUUACGGACAGACGUUUCUGAAAAACGUGUCAUCUUCCGAUUCGGGGAACAUAUCGUGCUCUGCUACCAAUAAACAAGGGACAUCAACUGUACAAACAGGCAUCGAAGUCUUGCAAGCUUACUCUUUGAUCGAGGACAAUGAGUAUCCAGUGUUCCUCAUAGCAACAGGAUCUGGCCUGGUCAUCCUCAUCCUCAUCAUCAUCAUCCUCAUCAUCAUCAUUAUCUACCAGAGGAGGAGAAUGAAGACUGCAAAACCUAUUGAGAAUCCUCAGAGAACUGCACAGACCACCAGGGCAGAUGUUGGAGGGAGCCAACAGAUGUACGAGACCGUGGAACUGCCAAGUGGGGGUGCUGAUAAUACGUACUGCGCACUUGGAAUGACCCCAGUGAGAGAUGACGAUCCCAUUUACAUCUAUGGCAACCUUGGAUUUGAAGAUGAAGCAAACACACGCCAAGAGACUGGGACUGCUUCGGGCCAAUCCUACGGUGACAUCCAGCUUGAAAUGAACGAGAACAUACGAAAACAAAGAGCAAAAGACAAGAAAGUAAAACCAACCAAAGCACAGAAAUACGACGACGAGCCAACCUAUCAAAACUCCGUCGUCAGGAACUAGUCGUUCUCAUAACUAAGGAUAGUGACAUCAUCACUUGACUUGGACAUAUAUCUGCAUCAGCGAUGUAUGUUAGCAUGUGCAUGACUAUCUGCUAUGUUUACCAUAGUUGGCCCGAUGCCUAUUUAACUAGCCCCAUUACUGCAGUUUGGCUGUACCUAAUUGGAUUCUCUCCCGUUAAUCUCACAGAGUCGCCGUCGUAUUGUUAUCAUCUGACAUUAUAUUGAUUUCUUGUAUGUAUUCUAUAUGAUGACUCAUUACUCUAUAUGAUGACUCAUUACUCUAUAUGAUGACUCAUUACUCUAUAUGAUGACUCAUUACUCUAUAUGAUGACUCAUUACUC